GUGGUCGUGCGUCGAGCGCGCGUGAAGUGAUGUCUGAGAGAUGAGGCUGUCGCUGGUGCUACUGUGGUUGGGUGCGGCGGUCGCAUGCGGCCCGGGCCGCGGCUUCACCCGCCGCCACGGACCGCGCCGCCUCACACCUCUCGUCUUCAACCAGCAUGAUCCUAAUAUAAGUGAGAAUUCAAAAUCCGCUAGCGGUCCUCCAGAGGGUCGCAUUACGAGGGAGGAUGAAAAGUUUAGAGACUUAGUGCCCAAUUAUAAUCCGGACAUCGAUUUCAAGGAUGAUGAGGGCACUGGCGCCGACCGCCUGAUGACACAGCGGUGCAAAGAGAAACUGAACACACUAGCUAUCAGUGUGAUGAAUCAAUGGCCUGGAGUUCGGUUGAGGGUGAUCGAAGGCUGGGAUGAGGAGAACUCUCACCUAGACAACUCGUUGCAUUACGAGGGUCGAGCGGUGGACCUAACCACCAGUGAUCGCGACCACAGCAAGAACGGAAUGCUAGCGCGCCUCGCUGUUGAGGCAGGCUUCGACUGGGUCUUCUACGAGAGCCGGUCUUACAUCCACUGUUCAGUUAAGACAGAGUCUUCGGUGGGAACAGGUGCUGGUUGUUUCCCCUCUGGGUCUGUGGUGCACACAUUAAAUGGGCCUCAAGACAUUGCUAGUCUCAGAAAAGGAGAUAAAGUAUUGGCUGCUGCUGAUGAUGGAAAGAUGGUUUAUUCUGAGGUGUUGGAAUUUAUUGAUCGAGAUCCGAAUGCAACACGACAUUUCAUUGAAAUUACGGCUGAAAACGGAGUGACUAUCACAACUACGCCGUCUCAUCUACUGCUUUUAGCCGCUGCCGAUGGCUGGCGGGAAUUAUUUGCUGCUAACAUAAAAAUAGGAGAUGUACUACUUACAAGAGGAUAUGGUAGUGUAAUGCGUCCAUCAAAAGUAGUAAAAACUCGUGUUGUCUCAAAACGAGGAGUAUACGCACCAUUGACCAGGACGGGGACAAUAAUAGUCGACGACGCUUUGGCGUCUUGUUACGCUAUGGUGCGCAGUCAUUCCCUAGCUCACGCUGCAAUGGCUCCUUUACGAUGGUUGUCAAGCUGGAGCAAUCCAAAUGAAAUCCCACGUGGAGUUCACUGGUACGCGAAUGUUCUUUAUAAUUUCGGUGACUAUGUAUUGCCGUCAUCGUAUAAAUAUCGCUGAAAUUUGAAGUUUAUGUGUGGAAAUGACAGUUGCUUUGGAAAUGAUCAUUCAGGUAAAAUCGCGCGCAGGACGUGCCAAGUUUGGACACUUGUAAAUAACCCUGUAAAUAAUGCGGUCAAGAAAAUUGUAAAUAAGUCUCGAAUACUUAAGUCUUUAUUAAAAAAUGAAUUCAAGAGCAAAGGUUGUUCUUUUCGAAAUCCUGUCUAUUUAUUAAGUAGCGUUGAGGACAUCUUUGCCCUUAUUGCAUAUUUUUAGUUAACAUAACAAAUAUUUGUAAAUUGUGUCGAUAUUGUUAUUCUGCACAAUGCAGAAAUACUUAUCUGUAUGCGCUUAUGUUUUUUAAGAUGUUGUAUAGAUAUCAUAAGCACUUUAUUAGCAAAUCUAAAUUAUCUUUUUUUCUUUUAUUAUUAAAGUAAUAUUAGGUCUUUUACUCUGGACAGUAUUUAGUUAAUUUUUGAUGUUUGUAACUUGACAUUCCACGGCUCUAAUCUUUUUACUUCCUAACAUUUUAAUAGAGUAAUGAAUUGUGAUCUUGGUACCUAAAUCAGUGCCUUAAGAUUUUAUUUAUUGUUAUGUAGGCUAGUUCUCUAUUUAAGAAUUGACGAAAACAAUGAAGUAAUUCGUAUAUUCUCUUUUUUAAUUUAUUCUAUUGCAUUUGGCUUUCUUAAAGUUCCUUUGGCUGAGUGCAUUAUUUAUUUUUCUCCUUACAUGUUACUGGAUAUCAUAUUAUCAUGUAUGGUUUCUAUUUAUUUAAUAUUAUUUGUGUAUUAGUAGGUACUAUUUUUUCUGUUUUUAUUAUAUCAUUGGAUGACGUAUAAUGAACAAUAAUAGAAUUACAGUAAUUUACAGACAUCCGUUAUGCAUUUAGCAAGUGAAUAUGACAGUACAAAACUAUUUCGUAAAUAAAUAUUUUUUUUUGUAAAUGGUUAUAAACUACAGCUGUUUUUACUUUGACCUUUUCGUUUUUUGGGGAUAAUUAGUCAAAUUAAGUUUUUCUUUGGAAUGACAUAUUGACAGUUAAAGCUUCAGCUUCGUUUUAAAGUUCAGAAGCUAAGUUUGUUAGCCCUUGUUUUUAGGUCUAGGAGAUGUGUAGGAUGCUAAAAAAAUUGAUUUAAAAAACAAAUAGUUAAGUAGGUACUUUGUGUCUGGAGUAACAUUAAAACGUUAUAUGAAAAUGCUACAAAAACACAAUCAAUGUUUUGUAAAAGCAACAAGAUGACAACAAAUGAUAUCCUCUAAAGCUGUUUCAAUAUUUUUUUAACGAUCGUACAAAAGAUCUAGAACUGAACUUUUGGUUCCUAUAGUUUGAAUUUAGUAAAACGUUUACUAACACAUCAGUAUUUAGAAAUAAAAAGUAGGUUGAAAAGUGAUGUUAUAUGUAUUAUUAUCAUUAUUAAGGAUACCAUUAUUAAAUUAUCAUUUAAAUUAAAUGUAUAUGUAAGCUAAGUCCUAAAUCUUUCCAGUAUAUAGGGAAAUACGAAGGACUUCACACCUAUGUAAUAGUUAUUUAAUGUAAUACUAACGAUUAGAUUUAUAAUUAUAAAAGCUUUAACUAAUGUUUCGAUAACAAAUAUACGCCAUUUAAUUGCCAUAUCGAAUAUAGAAAUGCUACUUUGUGUUGUCUUCAUGUCAAAAGUAAUGUAGUGUUAUAUAACAGUGCUUGCGUGAAAUGUAUUGUUACACCUAAAUGAAGUACCUAUGUAUAUUAUGAAGUACUCAAGUACUUAAUAUAUUAAUAAGUAAAGUAUUAGUAGGUAUUUUGUGUCGCGCAAAAAAGAAAAUUGUAUUAAGCGCUUUAUUUGAUGCAAAUAUAUAAUUAAUAACACAAUUGGAAUGCUUUUUUCAGUGAACGACGUUUUUCUAAUUUUGGUAAAGUAUCUUGUAAUUUAUAAC